CCUGUCUCUAAAGUCCUUAAACUUUAAAGCUGGAUGAUGCUACAAGCUAAACCAAUGGCUUCUAAUUGCUAAGUCCUGUUAAGUUAAGUAUCCAAGUUGCAAGGCAGGAUCAACAUCCACGAGACAGUACAACAGACUUCCAAGGAUGGAAAGAAAACGUAAAGCAGGUCUUAAUCCCACAGGGCCAAGGUCGUCGAACGAUAGGUUUUGCCGAAUGGCUUUCGUACCCACAUGGAGAAACUGUACGAUUUAGGCAAGCAGCAGCUUGGAUGUGCCUCUUCAAUAGAGCUUUGUAUUCUUUUUUCUUUUGCUCACAGGUUUAGCCAUUUUCAUUUCCAAAGGAUCAUUUAGGAUCUACACAUGUUUUUCUCGUCAGACUAGUCUUCUCCUUAAGAAGAGGCACACUUCCUCAGGGCACUUUUGACCAAAUUGACUAAUAAAAAGGCAGCGAAAAAAUUAAUAAAGAAACCUUUUUCUAGGACUGAAACGCUCUACAAGCUCUUGUUUUUCGUCUAUUUUACUCACCAAAAUCCAGGUAACACCAGGUCACUUGUUGCUUCGUGUAGCUACCCAGUCAUUUUCUAUAGUCUGUGGUUGGUCAAAGCAUUGUACUGGAGUACAAAGCUAGAGUACAAUGCUACUUGUUAAAAAACAACAAUGACAAAUACAAAUGAACUCGAGCUGGAGCGCCGUUAAUUACCUGAAUGGAACAGCACAAUAUCGUCGUAUAGUCUUUUUUUUUUAUAUUUUUCCAUUUUAUCAAUGUGUCGAGAAUAUAUACUAUGCCUCUCCUUAGUCCUGCUUUCGUCUUUUCCUUUAGGAUACCUCUAUUAUGGCAUUCAUUAUGAGCAAGGAACAAGAUUUGGUAUACUCUUUUCGCUGUCUAUACUUGAAAGUAUUGAGAUGUUGGCCGUUUCUGCAAUAAUUGCUUUGUUGUUUCUUCGUUACAUAAAACCAAUUAGCAGUUUCAUGGAAGAAUUAAGAAAGUCCGUCGAAAUGAAAAAGACUGCGCCAAGCCUCAAAUCGUGUAUCAUUGCGUAUCUCAUUUACACUUUCCUAAAAGCAAUGCGCAGUGAAGUAACGAAAAUGGUAGGUCAGUGAAAUAAAUUUUCGCUCCGAUAGACUAUGUUGUUUACAUUAAGACAAUUGUCUCUUCUACACAGGAAUGUCAAUUGCCGGAGGAAACAGCUAAUUUUAUAUAAUAUUCCUUUAUUAUAAUACCCAUAAUUAUACUACUACGAUGAUAUAUAAUAACAGUGAAUCAACGUAAACAAAGAUACCAAGAGGGAAUGGUGAAUUCAAAUGAUCGAUACUAUAUACUUGGUUAAUGAAUUAUAUAGGGCCUAACUUACUAGAUGAAGAAAUUAUGUAUAGUUUAACAAUGACGGCUAACGAAUUCUUCAGUUAGAAAAAUUUUUGACGGCCGAACUAAUAAAUUUAUUCCACAA